AAAAUUGUAUUUAUUAAAUCGAUUCAAUGAUGAUGAGUUUUGUUAUAUUUUCAUUUAUAAUAUAAAAGACACGCACUUGACUGAGAGAGAGUAGAAACAAUUGUCUGGAUAAUUUAUUAAUAUUCCUUAGUUAAGAAGCACAAGAAGAAUGUCAGAUUUCUCAGAUUGGUUCAGGUCAGUACCUUUUUUCACAAGGUACUGGCUUGCCCUGACGGUGGGUUUUACCUUAAUUGGCCGGUUUGGUAUAGUGCAUCCAGCUUAUUUAACAUUGAUGUAUACACCCUUAAUGAAAUUCCAAAUAUGGAGGUUAGCAACUUGUGUUUUCUAUUAUCCACUCAGCCCAGCAACAGGUUUCCAUUACUUGAUAAAUUUAUAUUUUCUGCAUACAUACUCAAAAAGACUGGAAAAUGAAGUAUAUGCAGGCAAACCAGCCGAUUACUUUUAUAUGUUGUUAUUUAAUUGGUUGGUUUGUAUUAUUUUGGGAUUAGUGCUUAAUGUUCAGUUGUUAAUGGACCCAAUGGUACUGUCAGUUCUAUACAUUUGGUGUCAAUUGAACAAGGAUGUUACUGUGAACUUUUGGUUUGGAACCCAGUUCAAGGCAAUUUACCUGCCAUGGGUUCUGCUGGCCUUUAACAUGAUUAUCAAUGGAGGUGGUUUAGUUGAACUGAUGGGAAUUAUAAUUGGGCAUUUGUACUUCUUCAUGAAAUUCAAGUUCCCACAGGAGUUAGGAGGACCGGUACUAUUGGAAACGCCAUCAAUUAUUAAAGAAUGGUUUCCCAGCAACUCUGGAGGAGUCUAUGGGUUUGGUGUUCCACCAGAAAGACCCGCACAACCAGCUCCAAAUGGUGGUAGCCGGUUCGGACGUCAUAUUUGGGGUAGAGGCCAAGUCUUGGGAAACAAUUAAUUAAGAUAGUUAAAAUGAAAACUUUUAUUUGUAAAAAGAAAGCGAUAAAGUAAUUUAAAAACUAAUAAAUCAUUAUGG